GGGGCUGCUGCUGCUGAGUCCGCCGUUUUGCAGCGCCCCGGGGCCAUAAAAGCGGCAGCGUCGCGCGCGGGGCGGUUCACUCUGGAGGGGGCUGGCGGCAGCGGCAGAAAUCAAUAGCCCGGGGGCUGGUUUUUUCCCCGGCACAGCCGCUCGGGCUGCCUAUAUAACCAGCAGCACCCCCAGCCCUCGCGGCAGCCGCAGCCUCCCCCCCCCGGAGAGCGGCGCGGGCGGGGCGGGAGAGCCGAGGGGGCGGUGCGGGCAGCAGGGGGCAGCGCGACUCUCCGGCCGAGGGCCAUGUGCGGAGCGGCCGCGGCUUGGGAGCGGCAGGGAGCGCGGCGGCUGCUGUGAGCGCUGGCGGGGCGGCGAGGAACUUGCAGGUGCAGCAGCCGGUGCCUGGUGCCGUCUUUGUUCUGCGUGGGGACUCGCCCGCCGCGAUGAGCGCCUCUCCCUCCUCCAGACUCCUCCCCCUGCUGCUGGGCGCCGCGAUGCUGUGGGGGCCCAGCUGCCUCUCCCUGCGAGUCCUCAGCGGUCAAAAGGUAUGUUAUAGUGAUUUUAGGCAUCCCUGUUACAAGAUAGCCUACUUCCAGGAUUUGUCCAGACGUGUGGGCUUUCAGGAGGCCCGCCAAGCCUGUGAAAUUGAUGGUGGGAUGCUCAUAAGUCUGGAAAGUGAAGCUGAACAGAGGCUCAUAGAAAAUAUGUUACAAAACCUCACUAAGUCAGGCUCUGGGAUUUCCGAUGGAGACUUCUGGAUUGGAUUGUGGAGAAAUGGAGAGGGACAAGCAUCAUCGGGAGCUUGCCCUGACCUCUACCAAUGGACAGAUGGGGCCAUUUCAUCAUUCAGAAAUUGGUACACGGACGAGCCUUCCUGUGGAAGUGAAGCUUGUGUUGUGAUGUAUCAUCAACCAACUGCAAACCCUGGCCUGGGGGGGCCUUACCUUUACCAAUGGAAUGAUGACAGAUGCAACAUGAAGCACAAUUUUAUCUGCAAGUAUAGUCCAGAUAAUGUCCUAGAAAAAGAACUAGGCGACAGAACAGAGACAGAUUAUGAGGUUUUCCCAUCAGUAACAGCAGGAAAGCCCUAUAAUGAAAACAAACCAGAAGAUAAUUAUCAUGUAGCUGUAACUGAAACAGGUAUCAUUCCAAAUCUCAUUUAUGUUGUUAUACCAACUAUACCACUGCUGUUAUUGAUAUUAGUGGCUUUUGGUACUUGCUGUUUCCAGAUGCUACACAAAAGGGAAGCAAGGAGAAACUGCUUCACAGACCCAUCUCCAUUAUCAUCUGAAUGCCUUGCAGAAAGUUUAAAUUCCAACCUGUAAAGGAAGAACAAAAACCAGCCCAAACCAAUCUACAUUAUGGAUUUCAAAGAAUCCCAGGAAGGACAGUAGCAUGGAGGUAUAACAGUGUAAUGACUGAAAACAAAGCAAAAAUAAUACUUUACAGUCGGGCUCCAUUAUUAUGUCAUCUCAGCACAUUAGCUUGGAAUGGCUUGAGAUUGCAACGGAUUGGCAAAAUGAACUGUAAGCUCCCCCUUGAGGCAACUAUUCAGAUCAUUUUUAUAUGUAAUGUUUGAUUAUUAAUUAAAUGAAACAUGUCAUGCUAAAUAAAGAAAGAGGAUGUGGUUUGCUAAGGGAAGUAACUCGGCUACAAAAGAGCAAUGAAAUGGACAAUGCACUUGAAGUUCAUGUGGGAAAUAUCACAGUAUGUAUCAGUUUAAAAUUGUUUGUAGUAAUCAUAACAUUUUUAUUUCCUGUAGUCCCUCAUACAUUUUACUUUAGUUGAUGUACUAUAAAUUGAAUGAUAAAAAAUUACAGUGUAACAAAAUAAUUUAUCUUUGCAUAAAUAUUU